AUGGCCGGGUGGACGGCAACACAAUGGAUUCCCUGGAUGACUCUAAUCUCAACCUGGAUUGACGGGCUGAUCCAGUGGCCUGUUUGUAUUGAGACACGAUGGGGACUUCAGCGCCCCGAGGCCGAUGCAGCCGCUUAUAUUCUGUCCCAGACGCCCUCGGUGGCAGCAGAAGCCGCAUCGGUGACCGUGUCAGCGUCUGCUUCGAGCCAUGAGGCGGUGACGAGUCCCACCUCGGUGGACGAGCAACAGCAGCAGCAGCAGCAGCAGCAGCAGCAGCACCGGUCCGACCAGGAGCUCGACACGGAUUCUCCGCUCGACAAUGCGAAGUUCCUGUCCUUCGAAGACUGGAAGAAGCAGAAUCUGGCCAAGGUUGGACAGUCUGCGGAGAAUGUGGGGGGGAGUCGCCGUGGUGGUGGCGUGGCUCAGGGCAAGGAGGACCGGCGACGGCCCACGGGGAUCAACAAUGCGCUGGACUCGCUAGGCGACGAUGCAGAGAUCGAGCUGGAUUUUGGGGGCUUCGGCGCAGAUACUACGCCUGAGGCGACGCGGCCUGCGGCGUGGACCGCGAUGGUCUCCUCCUCCACUGAGCCGCGAGGCGAGCGGAUACCGGGGGCCGGACACGAGGCCGGCGCCGAUGGGCCGGCUCAGGGCAUGCCUCAGGCGGGGGUGUCUCGAUCGAAGGACGCGGGCACGACCUGCAAAGAACGGUUCAACUAUGCGUCCUUUGACUGCGCGGCGACGGUGCUCAAGACGAACCCGGAGUGCAGCGGGUCGUCGUCGGUGCUCAUCGAGAACAAGGACAGCUACAUGCUGAAUGAGUGCCGGGCGAAGAACAAAUUCCUGAUCCUGGAACUGUGCGACGACAUCCUGGUGGAUACCGUCGUGCUCGCCAACUACGAGUUCUUCAGCUCCAUCUUCCACACUUUCCGAGUCAGCGUCUCGGAUCGGUAUCCCGCCAAGUUGGACCAGUGGCGGGAGCUUGGGGUCUACGAGGCCCGGAAUACGCGGGAGGUGCAGGCCUUCGCGGUCGAGAAUCCGCUCAUCUGGGCGCGGUAUGUGAAGAUUGAGUUCCUUACGCACUACGGGAACGAGUUCUUCUGCCCGUUGAGCUUGAUUCGGAUUCAUGGAACAACGAUGCUGGAGGAAUAUAAGCAUGAUGGGGAGGCUGGUCCCGCAGAUGAUGAUGAGGAGGAGAUAUCUGAAGAAUCAACGGUGCCGGCUCCUAUGGCCCCGGACUCUGAGACUACGGCUACGGCCGAGGAAGCGCCUCAUCCGGCGGCUGCUGAGCCGGUCGACUCGGUGCCGACCAGCGACCCAGAGGAAGAGGCUUGCCGCCAGUCCGGGUCGGACAUGGAUGUGCCGGAGCUGCGCGAGCUUCUGGGGCUUCUCGAUACCUGUGACGACCAGGAGGCACCGGCUCCUGGUGCUGGACCUGAAGUGGCAGCCCAGCCCCAGCCCAAUCGACCUGUUUCGAACGAAGCGUCCCCAUCCCAGGCGCAAGAUACCGUGGCUUCGGGAAAAGGCAAGGAGGCUUUGUCCGGAGAAUCAGGAGAACAGAAGGUGACAAGCGCAGUGGGAUCAACUGCAACGGACUUAUCGUCGGCCUCAAUAACUGCUGUGAACUCCGAGACUGCAUCCGCCAGCGCUGUAACGGAAGCGGACAACAAGUCUACUGUGCUGCCAAAGGAUGAACCCAGCAGCAUAGCGGAACCGACCAGGUCGAGUAUGACCCAGCCACCGUCGGCAAACCCAACUACGCAAGAGUCCUUUUUCAAGUCAGUGCACAAACGACUCCAGAUGCUGGAGUCGAACUCCAGUCUCUCGCUUCAGUACAUCGAAGAACAAUCGCGCAUCCUGCGCGACGCCUUCGAUAAAGUCGAGAAGCGGCAGCUGACGAAGACGUCGACAUUCCUGGAGGGCUUGAAUGUGACAGUGUUAAAUGAGCUGAAACAGGUUCGGGAGCAAUACGAUCAGGUGUGGAAGAGCGUGGCGUUGGAGUUUGAGCAUCAGCGCAUCCAGUAUCACCAAGAAAUCCAUUCGCUCAGUUCGCAGCUGGGCGUGCUGGCGGACGAGCUGGUCUUCCAGAAACGCGUGGCGGUCAUCCAGAGCAUGAUGAUCCUCUUCUGCUUUGGGCUGGUACUCUUUGCGCGGGGCACGGCGAGUGGGUACAUUGAGAUUCCUCGAGUGCAGAACAUGGUCACGCGGUCGUACAGCCUGCGCUCGUCCUCGUCGCCGUCCCCUCCGUACGGCUCUCCGCUGGUGAGCCCGACGUCAACGCGUGCGACGUCUUCCUGCCGACGCACCGGCGGCCAUCGACGCAAUCUGUCCGAAGACUCGCAGGACGAGCUUCUCAGCCCAACGCUGGCGUACUCGCCGCCGACGCCCGUUUCUGAUGCACUGAGUUCGGCCGAAGAUGAGGAUCCGGAGCAGCAAAGAGGGAGUACCCUGGAAUUGCCGGAGGUGGUCCCACCGGCGCAGCGAUCGCGUAGCAGCCCACCUGAUCUCCCGCAACCACCAACAAGAUCUCUCCCAACUCACUUCCUCAAUACUACACAUUCACCAUCAACCACCACCACCACCACCACCAUCACCAUGGACGCUCAACCCUUGACCGACCGCUCCACCAACACGCACCUGGGCACUGCCGAGGAGACCGGCAAGCCGAUGAACUCGAUGGACUACCACCGCCAGAAGCUGCAGGGCAAGCUGGCCAGCGGAGAAAGUAACCAAGCCAGCUACGUGUCGCCCUCGGACGAACUCAUGAGCCCUUGCUCGAAGAAGCUGAGCGACCUGAAGGGCAAGCGCUUCAAGAAGGUCGAAGAAUUCGUCGAGAAGGACUGCAUCCCCGCCGAGGCCGUCUUCCAGGCCCAACUGGGCCAGGGCGAGCAGCGAUGGACCACCCACCCGGCCGUCAUGGAGACGCUGAAGGCGCGCGCCCGGCAGCUCGGCCUGUGGAACAUGUUCCUGCCCAAGAACCACUUCGCGCAGGGCGCCGGCUUCUCGAAUCUGGAGUAUGGGCUCAUGGCCGAGUAUUUGGGGAAGAGUUUGAUUGCGUCGGAGGCCACGAACAAUGCCGCCCCGGACACGGGCAACAUGGAGGUCCUGGCCAAGUACGGCAACGAGGCGCAGAAGCAGCAGUGGUUGACGCCGCUGCUGGAGGGCCGGAUCCGGUCGGCGUUCCUGAUGACCGAGCCGGAGGUGGCGUCGAGCGAUGCCACGAAUAUCCAGUUGAAUAUCCGGCGGGAGGGGGAUGAGUAUGUCUUGAAUGGAUCGAAAUGGUGGUCCUCCGGCGCCGGCGACCCGCGCUGCGCCAUCUACCUGGUGAUGGGCAAAUCGGCGCCCGACCACCGGGACCCGUACCAGCAGCAGUCGGUGAUCCUGGUGCCGGCCGACACGCCGGGGAUCACGGUGCACCGGAUGCUGACGGUGUACGGGUACGACGACGCGCCGCACGGGCACGGGCACAUCAGCUUCGCGGACGUGCGGGUGCCCGCCGCGAACCUGGUGCUGGGCGAGGGCCGCGGGUUCGAGAUCAUCCAAGGCCGGCUGGGGCCGGGCCGCAUCCACCACGCGAUGCGCACGAUCGGCGCCGCCGAGAAGGCGCUGGAGUGGCUGAUCGCGCGCAUCAACGACGACCGCAAGCAGACCUUCGGGCAGCCCCUGGCCAGCCACGGCGUCAUCCUCGAGUGGGUCGCCCGCUCGCGCGUCGAGAUCGACGCCGCCCGCCUCGUCGUCCUCAACGCCGCCGUCAAGAUCGACCAGGGCGACGCCAAGUCCGCCCUCCGCGAGAUCGCCCAGGCCAAGGUCCUCGUCCCCCAGACCGCCCUCACCGUCAUUGACCGCGCCGUCCAGGCCUACGGCGCCGCCGGCGUCUGCCAGGAUACCCCGCUGGCGUACAUGUGGGCGCUGAUCCGCACGCUGCGCAUCGCCGACGGGCCCGACGAGGUGCAUCUGCAGCAGCUCGGGAAGCGGGAGAAUCGGGACCGCAGGGCGGAAAUCCGCCAGAAGUUGGAGUGGCAGCGGGGCGAGGGCGAGCGGUUGUUGAGCCAGACGGGGUUGAAGAUCAAGGGCCGGUUGUAA